AUGGCUGUUAGGCACAAAUCUGAACUCAAAAAAAAGAAGCUGCAUCUAUCAUUUGGCUUUUCAAGUAUAGAGCACAUUUCCCUCUCCGAGCCAUCACAGGAUAUAGAAGACAAUUCGUUUUUGGAGGCUGAUGCUACGCGCAAGGUUUCGGCCAGUUCGGGGAAGAUGAACUCCUACCAGGAUUUUUUGACAGCUCGCAAGUCGUUGCUCGUGUGGUCCCCCGCAAUACUUGGUGCCCGUGUGAGGUUUUCUGCAUUACUUGGUCGCUUUCCCUACCUCCUUCACCGUUCCGAACCCAAUCAAGCGACCGAAACUCAGCAGCCUCCAGUGCCCUCGGAGUCACGUUCGCGUGUGUUCUUCGAUCGCCUAUCCUCACUCCUUCGCUCUCCGCCGAACACUGAUGAGAUAUCUGGACAUUCGCAACUUCCAAUGCUUUCACGAUUAAGUCCACGAGUGCUCCUUGGUGACUUAUCCAAACCUUUUUCCCGCUCUCGAAUCUACGUCAAUGAAGCAACCAAACAUCGACAAUCCCAAACGCUUCAGAGGUCGCGUUCAGGCGCACUCAUUGGUCCCCUGUCUUCACUCUUCCGUUCUCCACCCAACGUUGAUGAAGCAAUUGAACUUCAGUGUUGCUCAGGGCCAACUACGUCUCAUCUCAGUCCUCAUGUCGACGAUGUUGCCGCAAUGCGGGACAGGGAGGUGUUAGUUGUUGCUCGUCGGCCUGAAACUGCUAGUGAAAUAGCCAGGCGCGUCAAGCACCCUAAACCAUGGGUUCGCGUGGUAUUUUUUCUCUGUUGUGUGUCUCCAGGUACGGACGACGCCACUCCCACCACAUAG